AUGGGAGCUGAAGUAGAUACCUCUGAAUCGGAACCUGACUCGGAAUCUGAAGCUGAAAGUGAUGGUGACGACCUCUACGAUCAGGCCAAGGAUGAAGUAAAAACCGCAGCCGAAAUUUUCCCCCGACUGGCGAUGCAAAAUAUGGAUUGGGAUAGAAUCAAAGCCGUUGAUAUUUACGUAUUAGUUGCGUCUGUGCUCCCUGAGGGCGGGAUCUUAAAAAAGGUGACCGUUUACAUGUCCGAGUUCGGAAAGAAGAUGACCGCAAUAGAGGCUAAAGAAGGACCCAGGCUUGCUGAUAGCUCGAAGGAAGACAUGAGCGAGGAGGAUCGUCUCAGAGCCUACCAGCUAGAGCGAUUAAAGUAUUGCUAUGCGGUGAUUGAGACAGACUCUGCAGCUACUGCAGAUGCCAUCUACAGUGAGCUUGAUGGCCAGAGUGUCGGAGAAUCUGGUAGUUUUAUCGACCUUCGAUUUAUACCCGACCAUGUCAGUUUCGACGAUGACGCACCAAGACUCCAAAGAACAAACAACUUGCCCGAUGAAUGUACUCAAAAGCCGAGGAAUUACGAUUUGCCAGAAUUCGUUACAUCCGCCUUGAGUCGAACAAAAGUGAAUCUGACGUGGGAUGAGCAAGAUCGUGGAAGAAAAUCGAUUGUCUCAAAGUUACGAAAAGGAGAUCUUGUUGACGACCAAAUUAGUCACCUAAUCGCUUCUGGCUCUGAAUCAGAAGACGAAAGCACCCUUACAAAGUACCGUUCUCUCGCUGGAGGUGCGGGAGCUUCAAGUAAUGGCGCAGUCGAAUUCAAGAUGGAACGAAAAGAGAACAAUUCUGACGAUGACUCCGAUGAUAACUUGGUUUCGGACGAGGAGAAGGAAGAGAGCGAUGAUGAAGCGAGCUCAUCGGAAGAUGAGCAGCUAAAGGAAGAACUCGAUCUUCUUAUGUUUGACCCCGAGGAUCAAGGAAAAGAGGAUUUUGCACACGAAAAAGAAUCUAAAGAGAAAGGAAAACGAAAGAAGAAAAGGCGUCCAAAGAAACAAAUGGCGGAGGGCGCUGAUUUGGGCGAUAGUCGGUUCGGUGAUGCUCUUUUGAAUGAUCCCGAGUUUGCGUCUGAUGGUAUUGUAAACUACGUGGGAAAACUGCGUAAGGCAGUGCCCUCCCUUUCUCGUGCUGGCGAUGAUAGUCGUCAUAUUCUCAUCAACGAACAUCAAUCGGAAAAGUUCUCUAAGAAUGCCAUCGCUACGGGGAAAUACAACAUCUUCACAUUUGUUCCCUACUUCUUAUUUUCUCAAUUCAAACGCGCGGCGAAUGUCUUCUUCCUUGUGAUUUCUAUUCUGCAGCAGGUGCCCAAUGUUUCUCCGACUGGCCAGUGGACGACGCUGGGGCCGCUUAUGUUCAUCCUUUCUAUUUCGGCCCUUCGCGAAAUCGCUGAAGACUACCGCCGGCAACGCGACGACGAUCAAACAAACAACAAACUCACCAAAAUUGUCAAAAACGGAAAAUUGGUUAAAUGCAAGUGGAAAGACGUCCAAGUCGGCUCCAUUCUCAAGAUUGAUUCGGGCAAGCAGUUCCCUGCCGACUUGAUCUUGCUCGCUUCUAGUGAGCCCAAAGGAAUGGCCUACAUUGAAACAUCGAAUCUCGACGGGGAAACCAAUCUCAAGCUAAAACAAGCUCUUUCUGUCACGGCUGAUCUGACUAGCGACGUAGAAAUAAGCACGUUGAGAGGGAACUGCGAAGCUGAAGCUCCGACGAAGCAUCUCUACGAGUUCUACGGGAAUAUCAAGCUUAGCGACGAAUCUCAGACGCACCCGCUCGACCAAGUGCAGCUUCUUCUUCGCGGCUCUCAGCUUCGAAACACCAAAUUUGUCUACGGACUUGUUAUUUACACUGGUGCAGAGACCAAGCUGAUGAAGAACUCUCGUCAGGCGCCAUUAAAACAGUCUAAUGUGGAGUUUUCCGUCAACUACCAGAUUCUAUACAUGUUCUUCGCACUCUUGACCCUCUCAAUCAUUUCCACCAUUGGAAAAAUCUAUGUUGCGAAAUUUCUAUGUGUCCAUUGGUAUCUUGACGGGAUUUAUGAUGUUCAGCCAAUCAACGGAACAUCGUACGACCCGAACAGCAGCGAUCCUAUUUGCGAGUCACUGGAUGCAGCCGGAGUGGUGAAAACGCUCAUGACAUUUUUGAUUUUGUACAACAACGUUGUCCCCAUUUCUCUUUUGAUCAGUAUCGAAAUCGUGAAGUACGUACAAGCGAUAUUUAUCAAUCAAGACGAGCUUAUGGAAUGGAACGACACGAAGGCAAAAGCUCGAACGUCCAAUCUUAACGAGGAACUUGGGCAGAUCUCCUACAUCUUCACGGAUAAAACAGGCACCCUGACGGAAAAUGUGAUGGAAUUCAAAAAAUUCUCCGUUUGCGGGGAGCUUUUUUCUGCAGACGAGAGCGAUCUGACAAUGGAAGACAACAUCAGCGAAAUUCAGCGAAAAAUUGACUACGUUGAAUCGUCUGGUUCUUCAGACACAAAGGGAGACAUUGAGCGAUUCCUUCAAAUGCUAGCCGUCUGCCAGACAGUCGUUCCAGAAUACUCUGAUAGUGGUGAGCUCGAGUACCAAGCAAGUUCGCCGGAUGAAGCAGCGCUAGUGAAAGCCGCUGCUAAACUACAGUAUGUUUUUAAAAGCCGAACGCCAAUAUCAAUGGAUGUGCGGGAACGAGGAGAGCUGAAGACUUAUCAGCUCCUCCAUGUUCUUGAAUUUUCUUCGGCUAGAAAACGGAUGAGCGUUAUCGUCGAAACUCCUGAGGGGCAACUCUUCCUUUUCUGCAAGGGCGCAGACACAGUAAUCUACGAGCGAUUACAAGCAGCAGCGGAGGGCUCUAGGGAUUACCAAAUUCAAAAGAAUACUGAAGAGCACCUUGAAAAAUUUGCCACAGCUGGUUUGCGGACUUUGUGUUUUGCCUUCUGUGAGCUGGACCGAGAAUUCUAUGAAAGAUGGCGAACUAAGGAGCUCGAGCCGGCGAGCACAUCAAUCGUCGAUCGCGAAGGCUCCCUGGAGAGUGCCUAUUCGAAAAUCGAAAAAGACCUUAUCCUUGUUGGUGCCUCAGCUGUUGAAGAUAAACUCCAGCAGCAAGUUCCCGAAACUAUUGCAAAGCUUCGCCAGGCGGGUAUCGCUAUUUGGAUGUUGACCGGUGACAAACAAGAAACCGCUGUCAACAUCGGUUUCUCCUGCAAGCUCAUCGAUCAGACACAGCAACUAUACGAUCUCGACUGCGAUUCCUUAGAAUCGACGAAAUCUCGUCUUCAAUCCAUCAAAGAAGAAGUAGAGCCUCUUCUAAAGGAGGGAAAACCAAUCGCUAUGAUUAUAACUGGAAGAACAAUGAAAUUUGUAUUCAAGCAAACGACCAGGGACUACUUUAUGCAUCUCGCCGUCAAUUGCAAAUCCGUCAUUUGCUGCCGCGUCAGUCCGAGUCAAAAAGCCGACAUUGUCAAAGCAGUGAAGAAAGAAGUAAAAAAAUCUAUCACUCUUGCUAUCGGUGACGGAGCUAAUGAUGUUCCAAUGAUUCAAUCGGCUCACAUUGGUAUCGGAAUAUCAGGCAAUGAAGGGCUGCAGGCUGCAAACUCUUCUGAUUACAGCAUUUCCCAGUUUUAUUUCCUACAGCGGCUGUUACUCGUUCAUGGUGCCUGGAAUUACUGGCGGCUUGUCAAGUGCAUUCUUUUCUCUUUCUACAAGAACAUCACGUUGUACAUGAUCGAACUGUGGUUUGCCAUUUACAACGGCUGGUCAGGGCAGAUUCUUUUUGAUCGUUGGUCGAUUUCGUGUUACAACGUCCUCUUCACUUUUUGGCCGCCAAUAACCGUCGGCUGGUUUGAGAGGCCUUGUGAAGACAAGCACAUGCUCGAAAAGCCACAGCUGUAUGCAACAUCUCAAAGUUCGAUGAAAUUCAACGGAGAGGUCUUCUGGAAAAUGUUUUUCAACGCAAUCCUUCACAGUUGUUUACUGUUCUUCGUUACUGUCGCCUGCUUCUCGGACGAUCUAUUAAACCAUGGGGCUGAGCCAAAUGGCCUUGCCAUGGAAACAGUCAACUCGUUUUCUGGUCAAGUCGGUGGCUAUCUCUUCAUAGGAAACUUUGUUUAUACAAACGUCGUCGUUACUGUUUUAUUGAAAAUAUCACUGGAAACAUCCACUUGGACCUUCUGGAACUGGCUCUCCAACGUCGGCAGUGGCUUCCUUUGGCUCAUGUAUGUUCUGAUGCUGAGCAAAUUCUGGCCCUCUGUGCGCGUCUUGUCGCCCGAGAUGAUGGCUGGGCAAGGCGAUCAUCUUUUUUCAAGUGCUGUCUUCUGGUUAGCGCUGGUGCUCGUGCCCUUCAUUGUCAUUUUCAGAGACUUCUUGUACAAAGUAUACCGCUAUGAAACUGCAGCAGACAAUACCUUCAAGCGCGAACGAUAUCAAGCUAUGGGAUCAAUUUUCAUUUUUCAUUAA